CGGCGGGCAGUUUGAACGACGCUGAGGUGGACGGCGAGGAGCGGCGUCGUGCGAGGACGGGCGCUCGGCGGUGAGGAGUCCCGGGCUGAAGGACCCCGGAGCCCCGUUCUGUGAGGGACGCAGUUUACUUAUGAAUGCUUGAGAAAUAAAACAAAAUGAGCUGGGCAUUGGAAGAGUGGAAGGAAGGUCUCCCUACAAGAGCUCUUGAGAAAAUUCAGGAGCUUGAAGGACAGCUGGGCAAACUGAAGAAAGAGAAACAGCAGAGGCAGUUUCAGCUUGACGCUCUGGAAGCCGCACUGCAGAAGCAGAAGCAGAAGGUUGAAGAUGGAAAAACAGAGGGUGCAGACCUGAAAAGGGAAAAUCAAAGAUUGAUGGAAAUAUGUGAAAAUCUGGAGAAAACAAGGCAGAAGAUUUCUCAUGAACUUCAAGUUAAGGAGUCACAAGUGAAUUUUCAAGAAGGUCAACUGAGCUCGUGCAAAAAACAAAUAGAAAAACUGGAACAGGAACUUAAGCGGUGUAACUCUGACCGUGAAAGAAGCCACCAAGCCGCACAGUCUGUAGAUGUUUCUCUGAAUCCAUGCAACACACCACAGAAACUUGCUACAGUUCCACUCACACCAAGCCAGUCUUAUAUCGGUUCCACAUACGAAGAUCUAAAAGAAAAAUAUAAUAAAGAAGUUGAAGAACGGAAAAGAUUAGAGGCAGAGGUUAAAACUUUGCAUGCUAAAAAAGUGAGCCAGCCUGUUCCCCAAGCCACCAUGAAUCACCGGGACAUUGCAAGACAUCAGGCUUCCUCAUCAGUAUUUUCUUGGCAACAGGAAAAGACCCCGAGUCACUUUUCAUCUAGUUCUCUGAAGACCCCGCUUAAGAGAGAUGCCUCUGCUUCUCACUUCUGGGGGGAAAAAGUGACUCCUGACAGAUCAAAUCUGCAGAUAGAGAAGAUAGGGAAAAGAGAUUGCAGCAGCAGUGACAGUCCCAAUACUCAGCUUUUGGAGCAGGUUAAGGCCCAGAAUCAAGACCUAAAAAGCAAGAUGAAUGAGUUGGAACUACGUCUGCAAGGACAAGAAAAGGAAAUGAAAGGCCAAGCAAAUAAAUUUCAAGAGUUACAACUACAGCUCGAGAAAACGAAAGUGGAAUUAAUUGAAAAAGAGAAACUUUUGAACAAAACCAGGGAUGAACUAGUGAGAACCACAGCACAGUAUGACCAGGCAGCAACUAAGUGUACUACCUUGGAACAAAAGCUGAAAACUUUGACUGAGGAGUUGAGUUGUCAGCGACAGAAUGCAGAGAGUGCCAAAUAUUCUCUGGAACAGAAAAUUAAGGAGAAAGAAAAGGAGCUUCAAGAGGAGCUGUCCCGACAGCAUCGAUCUUUCCAAGUUCUAGACCAAGAGUACACUCAGAUGAAAACCAGACUCACCCAGGAGUUACAGCAAGCCAAGCAUGCACUCAAUGUCCUCCAGGUGGAACAGGAGAAGGUCACAUCAGUGAAGCAGCAGUUAGAAAGGAGCUUACAAGAAUUUAGGCAAAAGCUCAGCAGAACAGAACAAACCCUUCAGGAGAGUCAGAUCACAGAGAAUGAACUGAGGAGAAGCAGUGAGGAAAUGAAGAAGGAAAACAGUCUCAUUAGGAGUCAGUCUGAGCAAAGGGCCAGAGAAGUCUGCCACCUGGAGGAAGAACUUGGUAAAGUCAAAGUGUGUUUGAGCCAGAGCCAGAAUUUUGCAGAAGAGAUGAGAGCUAAGAAUACCUCUCAGGAAAUUUUGUUAAUAGAUCUCCAGGAAAAACUAAACCAACAAGAAAACUCGCUAACUUUAGAGAAAUUAAAGCUUACCUUAGCUGAUCUGGAAGCCCAACGAGACUGUUCUCAAGACCUGCUGAAGAAAAGGGAACAUCACAUUGAACAACUGAAUGAUAAGUUAAAUAAAAUAGAGAAGGAGUUUGAAGCUUUGCUGAGUGCUUUGGAGUUAAAAAAGAAAGAGUGUGAAGAAUUGAAAGAAGAGAAAACUCAGUUUUCUUGUUGGAAAAGUGAAAAUGAAAAACUUAUCUAUCAGGUAGAAUCAGAAAACGAAAGCUUGCAGAGUAAAAUCAAGCACUUAGAUACCAGCCUCAAGACACAACAAAUAAAAUGUCAUGACUACAAUGAAAAAGUAAGAACACUGGAGAUGGAAAGAGAAAAUCUUAAUGUGGAGAUUAGAAACCUCCGCAGUAUUAUAGACAGUAAGGUGGUUGAGAUUGAGUCACAGAAACAAGCCUAUUUGGAACUGCAGCAGAAAGCUGAGUUCUCAGAUCAGAAGCAUCAGAAAGAAGUAGAAAAUAUGUGCUUGAAAGCUAAUGAGCUCACUGGGCAAAUUGAAGAUUUGGAACAUAAGCUUCAGUUACUGUCAAGUGAAGUAGUGACCAAAGACCAGCAGUACCAAGACCUGCAUACUGAGUAUGAAGCAUUGAAGGAUUUGCUCAAAUCAGGAGGUUCUCUGAUGACAAAUGAAGGUAAUCGGAGAAGUUCUUUGGCUUUUGAACAGCAGCCUGCAGUUAGUGAUUCCUUUGCAAAUCUAAUGGGGGAACAAGGAAGCAUGCAUUCAGAAAGGAAUGACUGCUUUGUAGAUGGGGACCAAACUGUAGAAAAUGUAGCUGUCUUAAAAAAUAGAGUCAUUUCGCUUGAAAGUUCCCUGAAAUCUCAAACCCAGAUGAACUCAGAUCUGCACAAGCGGUGUGAAGAGUUGCUACAAAUCAAAGGAGAAAUAGAAGAAAACCUCAUUAAAGUGGAACAGAUUCAUCAAAAUUUUGUGGAUGAAACAAACCAGUGCAUUGGUAAAUUGCAGGAAGACUCUGUAGCUCAUCAGAAUAUUGUUGCUGAAACUUUAGCAACCCUUGAGAGCAAGGAAAAAGAGUUGGAACUUUUGAAAGAAAAAUUAGAGGCUGAGCAAAGAGAGAUUCAAGAAUUAAAGAAGUGUAACUGCCUUCUUGAAGACACUCUGAAGGAGCUACAACUUUUAUCUGAAACCUUAAGCUCAGAGAAGAAGGAAAUGAGUAACAUCAUCUCAUUAAGUAAAAAAGACAUUGAAGAGCUAACCCAAGCAAAUGGGGUUCUCAAGGAAGCUAAUGAGGCCUUAUGGCAGGAGAAAAUGAAUUUACUCGAGAAACAUGAGAAGAUUUCAAGCUGUAUAGCAGAACAAGAGAGAAGCAUUUCAGAGUUGUCUGAUCAGUACAAGCAAGAAAGACUUCUGUUAUUACAACGAUGUGAAGAAACAGAAACUGUGUUGGAGGAUCUCAGGACUAACUAUAAAACAGCACAAGAAAACAAUGCUAAGUUAGAAUGCUUACUCAGUGAACGCACUGCUGUUUGUGAGAAUAGGAAAGUUGAACUGGAGCAGCUGAAGGAAGCAUUUGCAAAGGAACAACAAGAUUUCUUAACAAAAUUAUCUUUCAGUGAAGAUCAAAACAGGAAAUUGAUGCUGGAAUUGGAGGUAGAGCAACAAGCUGUGAGGUCUGAGGCCACAGUCACCAAAAACUAUUCUAAGAGUGAGGCUGAUAGCUUAAGGCAGGAGAGCUCGACUUUAAAGGAAGAACAAAAUAAGAAGCAAAAGGAAGUUAAUGACUUACCACAUGAGAGUGAGCAACUGAUGCAGUUAACUCAGACUAAACCUGAACAUUAUCUUGAAGUAGAAUCAGUUGAGAACUCUAUAAAAGUAACAGAAGAUGAGAUAUAUAAGUGUCGUUCCCAGUAUCAGAUGGAUAUUGACACUAAAGUCAUUUCUCCAGACAAUUAUAAGGCACAGUUGGUACGCCUUGAAGCUUUGAUUAGAGUUAUGGAAGUAAAGCUUGACCAAAGUGAGGAGGAGAAAAAAACCCUGUAUCAGGAAUUGCAGACAAUUAGAGGAGAAGUGGGAACUGUGAGUUCACAGGACACUCAGUCACACGAAAGGAAAGACUGUGAAAUAGAAGCAGAAGAAAAGUAUGUGUCUGUGCUCCAUGAGUUGUCCUCAAGUCAAAAUGAGAAUGCACGCUUGCAGUGCUCUCUACAGACAGCACUGGAUAAACUGAAUGAGCUAGGGGAAAUGUGCCAAGUACUGAAGGUUGAGAAGUUACAACUCCAGUCUGAGCUGAAUGACUCACGGUCAGAGUGUAUCACAGCUACUAGUCAAAUGGCAGCAAAGGUUGAGAAGCUAGUGAAUGAAGUGAAAAUGCUAACCCAUCAAGAUGUUCUUCCACAGAGUGAGCUUAGGGAAGAUGUGUCAGAUGGUCUUUGUGAUAAACAAAGCAAUGUGUCUAUGGUCUUGACUCCUUUAGACAGUAGCAGUUUCUGUGAGCAAAUAACAUUGUCAGACAAAGAAGUUCGAGUGCAUUUUGCUGAGUUACAGGAGAAAUUUUCCUGUUUACAAAGUGAACACAAAAUUUUACAUGAUCAGCAUUGUGAGGUGAGCUGUAAGAUGUCAGAGCUGUGUUCCUAUGUUGACACAUUAAAAGCUGAAAAUUCUGUGUUGUCAAUGAAUCUGAGAAACAUGCAGGAUGACUUGGUAAAGGAAAGGAAACCUGGUGCUGAGGAUGGACAUACAUUGUCACUGUCAUUCUGUGGGACAGACAGCCCAAGUCUGACACAUUUUGGAGAAGCUGCUUUUUACAAAAAUGUUUUAGAACAAACUGGAGACACGUCUCUUCUAAGUUUAGAAGGGAAUACUUCAGCAAACCCUUGCAAUGUAGAUGAAGUGUCUUACAGCAGUCUAGAGGAAGAGAAUCUGACCGAAAAAGAAAUCCCAGCUACCUCUGUGAGGACUGUUGAGGAACUUGAAACCCUAUGUCAGAUGUACUUGCAAUCCCUCAAGGAUCUAGAAGAGAAAAUCGAGAGUCAAGAGAUUAUAAAAAAUAAAGAAAUUGAAGAGCUUGAGCAGUUACUAAGCUCUGAAAGGAAAGAGCUCGGCUGCCUUAGGAAGCAGUAUUUGUCAGAAAAGGAGCAGUGGCAGCAGAAGCUGACAAGUGUGACCUUAGAAAUGGAGUCCAAGUUGGCAGAAGAAAAGCAGCAGACGAAGAAUCUGUCCCUCGAGCUUGAGGUAGCGCGCCUUCAGUUGCAAGAGCUGGACUUAAGCUCAAGAUCUUUGCUUGGGAGUGACAUGGAAAAUGCUGUUCGAGUCCAAAAUGAUAGUUAUGAUAUAAAAGAAUCAGAAGUAUAUGUUUCAGAGACCACAGAGAAAAUACCAAAGCAGGACACUGAUGAGACUUGUGAUAAAGAUAUUCAGCAGGACCUUUGUCUAGAAACUUCAGUCACUGAGACCGAGACAGCCAGGCUCAUGGGAGCAAGAUGUGAAGAGCAGUCUCCAGAGACCAAUUGUGAGGCACCAGUAGAGAAGAAAACCCAGGACUGUCCAGAAUGCGUACCUCAGUUGUUUUCUAGUCCUAAUGUAUUGGUACCCAUGGAUGUUCUGGAAGAUCAGGGAUCUAUCCAGACUCUCCAUUUGCAGAAAGACACAUCAAAUGAGAAAUUAAGGUUACUUCCUGUAGUAGACGACUGGGACAAAAAAGUUGAAAGUUUAUUGAAUGAAAUAAAAGAGGCAGAUUCAAAACUCAAUUUACAGGAAGUACAGCUAAAGAUCAAGAUUGAAACAUGCAUGCAAUUGGAAAAAAUAGUCAAGGACCUCAAGAAAGAAAAAUCUGACUUAAGUGAAAAAUUGGGAUUCCUUCCUUGUAACCAGGAGGUACGUCAGAGAGUAGAAAGUUCAGAAGACCAUGGUUUUGACUUAGAAUCGGGAACAAAUGAGUUAAGUGACACUAUUAAAGAUAAUACAGCCAACAUAGAAGAUGAUUGGAAGGAAAAGUUUUUUGAUGUGGAAAAGGAACUGACCAGGAUCAAGUCUGAGAAAGCUAAUAUUGAACAUCUCAUCCUCUCUGUGGAAGCUGAUUUAGAGGCGGUUCAAGCAGAGAAGCUGUGUUUAGCAAGAGACACUGAGAGUAAGCAGAAGGUUAUUGUUGACCUCAAGGAGGAGCUUUUUGUAGUCAUUAGUGAGAGAAACAGGCUUCGUGGAGAAUUAGACACUGUGUCAAAAGAAAAAGAAGCACUUGGUCAGACAUCUAAACAGAUGAAAGAGAAAAUAGAAGAGCUGGAGUCUCACCAAAGUGAGAAACUCCGUCACAUUGAGGUGGUAGAGGCUGAGGUCAAAGACAAAGCAGAACUCCUUCAGACUUUGUCCUUUAAUGUGAGUGAGCUAACAAGGGACAAAGCUCAUCUCCAGGAGCAGCUGCAGAAUUUGCAGAAUGACUCACAGGAAUUAUCUUUGACAGUAGGUGAGCUGGAAAUUCAUAUUGGAGAGCUGAAAAAAGAGAAAGAAUCACUGGUCAAGGAGUCUCAGAACUUCCAGGCACAGCUGACUGAGUCAGAAUGUGAAAGGCGGAACAUCUCCAAGGCCUUGGAGGUAGCACUCAUGGAGAAAGGUGAGUUUGCAGUGCGGCUGAGCUCAACCCAAGAGGAGGUGCAUCAGUUGAGACGAGGCAUCGAGAAACUGAGUGUGCGCAUCAAGGCAGAUGAAAAGAAGUACUUAAGUACGGAGGAGAAACUGAAGGAAAGUCAGCGUGAAAAUGACUCAUUGAAAGAUAAAGUGGAGAAUCUGGAGAGGGAAUUGGAAAUGUCGGAAGAAAACCACGAGCUGGUGAUUCUUGAUGCUGAGAAUUCUAAAGCAGAGGUGGAGACCCUCAAGGCACAAGUGGAUGAAAUGACCAAAAACCUGAGAGUUUUUGAAUUAGACCUUGUCACAGUUAGGUCUGAAAAAGAAAAUCUGACCAGGCAACUACAGGAGACACAACAUCAAGUGUCAGAUCUGGAUGAAUUGUGCUCUUCCUUUAGAAGUCUGUUGGAAGAAAAGGAGCAGGCAAGAGUACAGAUGGAAAAAGACUCUAAAUCUACAGUGCUGAUGCUUCGGACACAAUUAAAGGAGUUCAGUGAGGAAGUAGCAGCCUUGUGUAAUGAUCAGGAAAUUUUGGAGACCCAAGAACACAGUCUAGACCAGCCAGAAGAAGAAAUGCACCGCUUGAAGAGCAGCAUUCAGAAGCUUAAAGUUCACAUAGAUGCUGAUGAAAAGAAGCAGCACAACCUCCUCGGACAACUGAAGGAAAGUAAGCAUUAUGCAGACUUGCUUAAGGAUAGAGUUGAGAACCUUGAACAAGAAUUGCAGCUCUCAGAGGAAAAGAAAGAGCAUGUGACUCUUGAAGCUGAGAAUGCCAAAGCAGAGAUACAGACUUUAAAAUCAGAAAUACAAGGAAUGGCUCAAAACAUCCAAGAUUUGGAGUUAGACCUUACUAAUACAAGGUCAGAAAAUGAAGAUCUUAUGACAGAAUUAAAACAGGAACAAAAGCGAGUUUCUGAAUUAGAAACAAUAAAUUCUUCGAUUGAAAACUUAAUGAAAGAAAAAGAGCAAGAAAAGGUACAGAUGAAAGAGGAAUCCAAAAUAGCAGUAGAGAUGCUUCAAACUCAAUUGCAAGAACUAAAUGAGACAAUGAUUUCCUUGUGCAAUGCCCAAGAGGCUUAUAAGACCAAAGAACAGAACCUGAGUGGUCAAAUAAAAACUCUUGAACUUGAGAAGGCCCAGUUGCUACAGGACAUUGGCGAGACCAAGAAUAAAUACAUUGUUUUGCAGUCUUCUGUAAAUGUCCUCUCUCAAGAAGUAAAAGCUGGCAAAGAGAAGCUAGAAAAGAAGGAGGGAGAGGUCAGGACACUGGAAGAUCAACUUAAAGGUCAAGAGCAGCUUGCAUGUAAACUUUCCCAGUUGGAAGGAGAGCAGCAACUCUGGCAGAAACAGAAACUAGAACUGGGAAAUCUGAAUGUGGAGCUGGAGCAUAAGGUCCAAGUACUGCAAUCCAAAAACACCGCUUUGCAGAGCACCUUUGAAGCCCUGCAGAAUUCUCACAAGCAUUUAGAAAGUGAGGUUGGAUUGUUGAAGAUGCAGAAAGUAUCACUUAUCCAAAGAGUCAACACAAUGACUGGAAAGGAAGCGGAGCUACAGAGGGAGCUGCAUGAAAUGGUACACAAAACAACAAGGCAGAAAGAAGAAUUCAAUAAAGAGAAAAACAGGCUAACUCAAGAAUUAAAAAUACCAAUGGAAGAACUAAAGAACCUCAAAGUAGAGCAUCAUAAAUAUGUGAAUCAGCUUGAGAAGGAAUUUCAGCGUGCUCAGGGGAAAAUAAAAUUGUUGCUCAAAUCCUGUAAACAGCUGGAAGGAGAAAAGAAGAUGUUGCAGAAAGAAAUCUACCAACUUGAAGCUGCCCAGAAGCAGAAAACUGAUUCUGUUGUGGGUGAUAAUGUAGCUAAAUUAAUGACUGAAAAUAAAGAGCUGAAAGAGACACUUGAAGAAAAAAUCAAGGAGGCAGAUAAGUACUUGGAUAAAUACUGUUCCCUGCUUAUCAGCCAUGAGGAGUUAGAGAAAGCCAAGGAGAUACUAGAAAUACAAGUUGCUCGUCUGAAUUCACAGCAAUCCAAACGACAUCUCCACAAUUCUCCUUUGCUGGAUUCUUCAGUUUCAGUGUCUCCCACUACUUCUGUGAGUAAGAAGACAACAUCUGGCCAAAAUAAAACUUCAGGCAAGAGGCACAGGUCCAGCGGAAUCUGUGAGAAUGGUUGUGGGGCAACACCCUGUACGCCAGAGACAUUUUCUAAAAGAAGCAGGAAAGCAGUCAAUAGUAGUGUUCACCCUGCUGAGGACAAGGAAGAGCCUAAGUUUGAGUUGGAGGGACUACCAGAUGUCGUAAAAAAAGGGUUUGCUGACAUUCCUACAGGAAAGACAAGUCCAUAUAUCCUGCGGAGAACAACCAUGGCAACCAGAACCAGUCCCCGCCUUGCUGCACAGAAGUUAGUGGGAUCUUCCCCAACACUUUUGAGCAAAGAAAACAUUGCAGAAUCCUCAAAACCAACAGCUGGUGGCAGCAGAUCACAAAAGGUCAAGGUUGUUCAGCAGAGCUCGGUGGAGUCACACACUGCCUUCCCAGAACGCCCACAGAAGUCUCUCACAGCCAGUAAUGUUCCUGGGAAAAACUCUGCAGAGAGCCCCAGGGAGGGCCUGAGGGUCAAGCGGGUCAACCCUGCCUCUAGCCCAGCUGCUGGGGCUGACCCAACAAACGAGAACUGCCGUGUACAGUGAGAUGUCAGGGUUCCAGAAGGUGUCAGUCAAACCAUUCUUCCUGUGGGGACCUGACUUGAGCUAAGAGCACUUUGUCAUGGGAGAAUAGACCGUUAUGGUCUAUGUGUGGCCUUGAGGUCUCUGAAUGUAAGAUGGGAAAAGUCUGGAAGCACCUAUUACAUAGUCUUUGUUCUUAACCACGGCUGUAAAUAAUAGUGUAUAGAGCUUGAGAAUUUGCUACAGUUAAAUAGAAAGCACCACAAUGAUUUGUAUGUGUGAAUUUUACACUUAGAAAACCCUGCAGUGAUUUGAUUUAGGAUCUUCCAUGUAAAGUGUAAAAUAGUUGUAGAUAAGAAUUUUGCUGAGUAAAAUGAGAAGAACCUAUGUGAAUGUGGUAUGCUCAUUCUUUCAGUGUGUUUUAUAACCUCCUGCUCAUUUAACCUGUAAUGUGUGGGGGGCAUUGGGAGUGUGUCUUUAUUUCUAGUUAGUCUAAUUGUUGCAGACACCUUAGAAGUGUGGUAUAGAUCAUGUUUAUAUUCACUGUGUUUUUCUUAUUAAAGUCAUCAUAGUUCUUUUGGUAUACAUUGCUGUAUCUAGUGAUAUAUUAAAAUAUGUUCU